AUGAAAAUCGUUGCAUUUUCAAGAGGAGAAGUAAGGAUGUUGAUGUUACAAGCUCUGAUAAUUAUGAUUUCAUUGCAUUUGUCUAUGGCAUGCGAUGGACAUAAACUUGUUAUCAAAAAUCUUCGAAGUUGUGAAGGGAGUUCUGAACAAAUCAUAAAUCCUUUAAAUAUAUCCUUUGAUGUGAAUUCGAAAUGUGAAAUAAGAUCAAAUUCCUGUUCACAAGUUAAACCUUACAAUUCGUCGAAGCUGAAAGUCACAUCAUUCGAAGGAAAUAUGCAACUUUCUGAUUUUGAAGCUGAUUUGUGCAGCAAGAAGUCUAUUCCUGAUAACUUUAAAGUUACGAUGAAUUCUAACGAGAAUAUCAAUAAAGUUAUCGAUGAUUUCAAGAUGUUUAUCUUAAUGUUGAUGAUAAUUAGCAAAUUUCAUGAAUCAUUCACUAUUAGCAAAGUUGGUUAA